AACUUUUUAAACUUUACAUGAAUUUUGAAGUUCGUCGAUUUUACACUAAAGGUAUUAUGAAUGUUUUUUCAGCUUUUACCAACACGAUGCAAAAAGGUAUUAUUGCAAUUGUAGGCACAACCGGUGUUGGUAAAUCAGACUUGGGUGUUCAACUAGCGAAGACUUUACAAGGAGAAAUUAUUAAUGGUGAUUCAAUGCAGGUUUAUAAGGGAUUGGAUAUCAUAACAAAUAAAAUUCCAUUAAAUGAACGAGAAAAUAUACCGCAUCAUCUUAUAGAUUUCUUAGAACCACAUCAAGAAUAUCGUGUUACGGAUUUUACAAAAGAUGCGCUUCAAAUUAUAGAUGAUAUUCAUAAUCGCCAUAAAAUUCCGAUCAUAGUUGGUGGCACGAAUUAUUAUAUACAAUCCUUACUUUGGAAGAAUUCCCUUAUAAAUAUUGAUGAUAGAGAAAUUAGUAAUAUAGAAGAUAAAGAGAUCUUAAACGCAGAACCUAAAAUUGUUUAUGAACGGCUACAAGAAGUUGAUCCAGUAAUGGCUAGUAAAUGGCACUGGAAUGAUACUAGAAGAGUUCGAAGAAGUUUACAGGUAUAUUUGGAAACAGGGAAGCCGCACAGUGAAUGGAUUAAACAACAAAAUCUUCCAGAGAUAAAAGCUUCAUCAUUAAGAUUUCCACGUACUUGCAUUUUCUGGUUAUAUUCUGAUUUGGAAGUUCUUGAUCAUAGACUUGAUGCAAGGAUAAAUAGAAUGAUUGAGAGUGGACUCUUUGAGGAAAUCAAUUAUUUGAGAAAAAAUGUUAGAACUGGAGAAAUACAUACUCCGUUUGGAGAUAAAGAUUUUACGCAUGGAAUUUGGCAAGCCAUAGGUUAUAAGGAAUUUGAACCAUAUUUAACGGCAAUUGAAGAAUCUAAUGACGCGUCAUAUUUAAAUGGGUUAAAACAACAUGGCUUAGAAUCUAUGAAAGCAGCAACACAUCGAUAUGCGAGAACUCAAGUUAGAUGGAUAAGGAACAAAUUAUUAUAUAAGUGUCAACAAGAUUCAUUAAAUAAUAAAUGCGAUGGGCAUUCUGGUGACAUUAUAAUAUAUUUAUUGGAUGCAACUUCUUUAGAAACUUGGAAUCAAGAAGUGCGGGAUAAAGCAAUUGCGAUUGCUAAAGAAUUCCUUGCAAAUGGAACAGGACCCGACCCAAGUUCAGUCAAUUCACGAGCUAAAGAACUUUUGAAGUCAAAGAAAGAUAAGGAGUAUUGUCAUAAAACAAUAUAUAUAAAAACAAGAAUUUUUUCUUGUUAUUGAUUAUCUGGUUUGUUAAGUUAUUUACUAAAUCUUUUUCUCAUUGUUUUUAGUGACUUUGAAAUUUUGGAUAAAUGGACAAAAUAUCAAUGUGAUAUUUGUACAAUAUUUAAUGAUAAUAUUCCAGUGAUUGUAAAUGGAGAUUCUGAACGAAAUCAACAUUUAAAAAGUAAAAAACAUAAAUCUAAUUUAAAAUUAAAAAAACAGUUUGAUGAAAAUUAUGAUGGUCAAUUCCCAUCUUGGUUUAAGAAGAAAAGGAAUGCAGAUUAUAAAUAAACGUGAUUUACAUAAUUUUUUUUUUAAUCAAUUAUAUAAUUUACUAUUUUAUUUAAUAUUAUUUAUUAAGAAUUAUAUAUUUCAAAAACCAUAA